AUGCGUGAGAUCGUUCACCUUCAGACCGGCCAGUGUGGUAACCAAAUAGGUGCCGCUUUCUGGCAAACCAUCUCUGGCGAGCACGGCCUUGACGGCUCCGGUGUUUACAAUGGCUCCUCCGAUCUCCAGCUGGAGCGUAUGAACGUCUACUUCAACGAGGCCAGCGGAAACAAGUAUGUCCCUCGUGCCGUCCUCGUUGAUCUUGAGCCUGGUACCAUGGACGCCGUCCGUGCCGGUCCCUUCGGUCAGCUCUUCCGUCCCGACAACUUCGUUUUCGGCCAGUCCGGUGCUGGUAACAACUGGGCCAAGGGUCACUACACCGAGGGUGCCGAACUCGUUGACCAGGUUGUCGAUGUUGUCCGUCGCGAGGCUGAGGGCUGCGACUGCCUCCAGGGUUUCCAGAUUACCCACUCCCUCGGUGGUGGUACCGGUGCCGGUAUGGGUACUCUCCUGAUCUCCAAGAUCCGUGAGGAGUUCCCCGACCGUAUGAUGGCCACCUUCUCCGUUGUCCCCUCCCCCAAGGUCUCCGACACCGUUGUUGAGCCCUACAACGCCACUCUUUCCGUCCACCAGCUUGUUGAGCACUCCGACGAGACCUUCUGUAUCGACAACGAGGCUCUGUAUGACAUUUGCAUGCGCACCCUCAAGCUCUCCAACCCCUCUUACGGUGACCUGAACCACCUGGUCUCUGCUGUCAUGUCUGGCGUGACCACCUGUCUCCGUUUCCCCGGUCAGCUCAACUCUGAUCUUCGCAAGUUGGCCGUCAACAUGGUUCCUUUCCCUCGUCUUCACUUCUUCAUGGUUGGCUUCGCUCCUCUGACCAGCCGCGGUGCCCACUCUUUCCGUGCCGUCUCCGUUCCUGAGUUGACCCAGCAGAUGUUCGACCCCAAGAACAUGAUGGCUGCUUCUGACUUCCGUAACGGUCGUUACCUCACCUGCUCUGCUAUCUUCCGCGGAAAGGUCUCCAUGAAGGAGGUUGAGGACCAGAUGCGCAACAUCCAGAGCAAGAACCAGACCUACUUCGUCGAGUGGAUCCCCAACAACAUCCAGACCGCCCUGUGCUCCAUUCCUCCCCGUGGUCUCAAGAUGUCCUCCACCUUCAUUGGAAACUCCACCUCCAUCCAGGAGCUCUUCAAGCGUGUCGGCGACCAGUUCACUGCUAUGUUCCGUCGCAAGGCUUUCUUGCAUUGGUACACUGGUGAGGGUAUGGACGAGAUGGAGUUCACUGAGGCUGAGAGCAACAUGAACGACCUUGUCUCCGAGUACCAGCAGUACCAGGAUGCCUCCAUCUCCGAGGGCGAGGAGGAAUACCUCGAGGAGGAGGAGCCCCUUGAGCACGAGGAGUAA